AUGAGGUUGGUGUAUGAACUCGUCAAAGUCUUCACUUUCUUAGGAGCUGAAGACUCUGAAGUUGCUGAUGCUUUUCUUUUCUUCACUGCUACACUCUCCGCAGCUUUGGUCUUCUUCGCUUCUGAUGUAGAAGGAAGGUUGAUAUUUUUCAUCUGUGAUGACUUUGCAGGAGGAGCAGAUGAAAUUGGUUCAGUUUCUUUAGGCACAACUGAUGUAGUUGCCCUGGUAGGUUCAGAUUCUUCAGGCACAGUAGCAGAUUCUUCAGCUAGCCUGGUCAACCCAACUAGCUCCCUCUUCCUCCCCCAUGCUCAAGCCCCCACCUCCCCACCCGCGACCCGACCAAUCCUCCCCCCUUCUCCGCUGCGGCGCGGCCCUCCCGAGCCGCCGCACUACCUUCUCCGGCCAGAGCCGCCGCCCGACCCUUUCCACCUUCCUACCUUCGACAGCUACCUACCACCGGCACCCGACCAACCUCCAGCGCCACCGCGAGCCACCGCCGCUUUCCUCCUACAACGCAGAUGCCCCCUCCCCUACCUAGCGUGUCGUCGGCGGUCAGAUCCUAGAGCCCCGUGCUGGCUACCUCCCGGCGAGGCCUCCUCCACCAGAUCCGGCCGCCAUGGCAUCGGUGCGGCCACAAACCGAUCCAGCCAUCAACCACCGCCCACCUACACUGCCCCUUUCUUCCCGUCAUUCAAUCCCCGCGGAUCUGGCCCGUGCUGCUGUGCACUGCCCGGCGAUGGAUGGAGCCCCACCUCCUCUGCAGUUCGGUGGGAUCUUGGUGGUGCUCAUCAGCGAGACCUCGGCCUCGACCUCAACCAGGAGAUGCUCCCCGGCGCACCGGCCUCCCCCCACCAAGCCUCGCCCCUCGUCUACCUCGCGGCGGCCCACGCGGGUGCAGUUCGCCCCCUGCUUCCCGACAUGGUUAGGUCGCACUGGCGCUGCAGUGCGGUUCCCACGCGCGUGUUGUUUGAGCCGCGCUGCAGUGCGGUUCCCACGCGCGUGCUGUUUGAGCCGCCCCUCUCCAGUGCGGCUAGCCUCUCCCCCGCAAUAGUUUGGAAGAAGUCAGGGGCAUGGUGUGCAGUUCGAUGGAGCACGCCAUGGAAUUCAACAACCGCAGGUCAGGUACGACUGCCCCUUGCCUCAAACGAGGGAACGGCCAUGGCCUCCUCCUUUCUUCGUCGUCGUAGGUGCAGGCCACCGCAAAAACCGACCCGCGACCCCCUCCACUCCUCCUCUCCCUGAUGUUCUUCACCGACAGCGAGCAGUGCAGGAUGCUCCGUGACGUAGAUCAGCUUGUUCGUCCUCUCUGGGAUGAGGAGCAGGGCAUCACUGAUUCGCUGGUGCAGUCCGCACAGCAGGCGCGCGCAGCCAACGUCGAUUCCCCAUGCAGUGCACUUCUGUGCUGUAGGGUGAGCAUCGUGGGGAUCCCAGUGAGUUGUCCAUGUGAGCACCUCCUAGUGGAUUCAUCCAUAGCCUGUAGGUCAGUACGCGAUGGCCCACCUCCCCCUGGUUGGUGUUGGACGCGGACGACCAUUGGUGAACGAAGCCUUGCCGUGGUCCAGCUAGACAUGGAGGACAGCAGCUGCUCGAGCCGUGCUGCCCAGGCCCCGUAUCGUGGUCCUCCUCUCCUCAUCUGCUGCGGGAACAACACCGGCAAGGCCUGCAAAAAAAUAGGACGACAGGCAGUGACAUAGACGUGCAGCUCGCUGGUCAUGGUGCGCGAUUCUGGCUGUGCCGACAAGCAGUACAUGGCCACGCCUGCGUCCUAGUGGUGCAGUCCGGUGUCCGCGGAACAUGCAACUCGCUAGCUCAGUGCACGCGGUUCUGGCGGCACGGGAAAGCAGUACAAGGCCACGCCCGUGUCCGAGUGGUGCAGCUGGGUGCUCUUGUCCGUGCAGUUUGCUGUUGUAUUGGACGGCAAUGGCAACAAAAGCUUGGUCCCCGCUAGACUAGGAACAUAAGGAACCGAUUGCAUCUUGUUGAUGGAAAAGAGGUAAUAAUACAAGGAGUUCUUCAGACCGGGUAGUGUUGUCACCUGAGAAGGGGGAGUUCUGGCUGAACAUGAACACGAUAGGUAGUUGCUCAGUUUCAGAUAUUGGAUUCAGUUACAGCCACAUCAACGAUUCAAAUAAAUUCUCACAAAAGAUGUGGAACCCAAGCCUGUAUAAAGGUUACGUGCAUGCAUUGCUAGGCUGCUAGCCCCUUGGACUUGUGGAGCCAUGGGCAGGGCAUGUGAAGCAUCGGCCAAAUUGUUCGUGGCUAAACUACACUCUUUUGUUUUGUUUAGACUAAGCACACUCUUCUUAGAUAAUCUGUAUUCUCAGCCCCA